AUAAAUCAUAUCAUCACCACACCAGACACAACCACCUCACGACUACAACAAGAACAACUGAGAGGAGUGGUAGCAUCACAAGCAGAACGUAUCCGUCAAUUAGAGCAACAAGUGGAGAACAUGGAAAGAGAUCUGUGUGUCUGCCGUGAAGCCUAUGAUCUUCUCGAGUUUCAAAUACUUGAAAAUGAGCAGAACAACAAAUGCUCGGUGAGCGCAUUUUUUAGAUAUUGGGGCACUGCCUUCGAACUGCAAAUAGAGAAACUAGGAGUAUGCCAAAAAGUCGAAUUUGUGCGUGCUAAAGCGGUUUUGGGUGCUCCGGCCGACGCGAAUGGGGGCAUUAUCUUGCAUGAAUACGAGGUUCUGCUGCCAAUUCUAAUAGUACCAAAAAGGAAGGAAAGCAUGGCGGAUUACAACUCGAUAACUGGAAGAUUCAAGCUUGCUGACAACCAAGCAUAA